AUGAGGGAGGAUGGAUGGGAGAUUCACUUGAACAAGGUAAUCUCAAUUUGCAAUAAACAUGGCAUUGUUGUUCCAGAUAUGAAAGCUCACUAUAGCCCUUAUGGAAGAUCAAAACGUUUUGUUCAACAAGUUUCAUAUCUUCAUCAUUUUCGUGUUGAUGUGUUUAUCAAAGUGAUUGACUUAUUACUUCAAGAACUUGAUUGUCGAUUCGAUGAAGUUAAUAUGGAGUUGCUCAGAUGUAUGGCUUGCUUCAAUCCUAAAGAUGGCUUCUCUUCUUUUGACAAGGAAAAGGUACUCAAACUUACCACUUUUUAUCGUUCCGAUUUUUCAAACAUUGAUUUAAUGGACCUUGAGUGCCAACUUGAUAUAUUCAUUGGAGAUAUGAGAAGUGAUGAAGACUUUCAGAAUUUGCGAGAUAUUAGUUCUCUUUUAGUGAAGGUUGUUGAAACAAAAAGAGAUGUGGUUUAUUCGCGUGUGGUUUUGCUUAUCAAGUUGAUUUUGAUUCUUCCGGUUGCCACUGCAAGUGUAGAGAGUGUUUUCUGGAAUGACGUUUGUGAAGAAUAA